GCCUGAGCACCGUCGUCCAGAGACCGGCCAGCAGGCAGCUCGGCUGUCGUGGCGGGGCUUUCUCCCAUUACCUCUCGGCACCGCUCCUACUCCCUUCACCCUUCAGCUCUGGUAGUCGUCGCUCCGGGGCCGCCAGCGCUUGAAGUAGAAGCUGUCCGGCCGUGCGGUCGUUACCGUCGCUGCCUCGGGGUCCAUUACCCUGGGCCCUGCCGCCACCGCCAUGAAGCUGCGAGUGCGGCUUCAGAAGCGGACCUGGCCGCUGGAGAUGCCAGAAGAGGAGCCGACGCUGGGGCAGCUGCGUGCGCACCUGAGCGAGACACUGCUGCCCACCUGGGGGUACAGUUCUGAUACCCGGUUUGCAAUUACAUUGAACAACAAAGAUGCCCUCACUGGAGAUGAAGAGACCUUGGCUUCAUAUGGGAUUGUUUCUGGGGACUUGAUAUGUUUGGUUCUUGAAGAUGCCAUUCCAGCACCUAACUUGCCUUCAUCCACAGAUUCAGAGCAUUCCUCACUGCAGAGUAACGCCCAGCCCUCUGUGGCUGCCCCCUGCAGUCAGUCCAGCACACACGGUGAAGAGCGGGGUGACUCGUUCCCAGGAGAGGCAGCCCAGUCUGAUGCCGGGAGUGAUGACAGUAUGGCAGGGCCCAGUGAGAAUGCUGAAGCUGAGUCCCCUGAAGAUGUUGUGGAUAUGGAGGAAGGCACAGGUUUCUGCCCCUCAGAACCGAUGCUCUGCAGUGAGUCGGUGGAAGGGCAAGUGCCCCACUCACUGGAGACCCUGUAUCAGUCGGCGGGCUGCUCCAGUCCCAGCGAUGCCUUGAUAGUGUCCGUACAUCUUCUCAUGCUGGAGUCGGGCUACAUGCCUCAGGGGACUGAAGCCAAAGCCCUGUCCAUGCCGGAGAACUGGAAGUCGGCCGGCGUGUACAAGCUGCAGUACACGCACCCCCUCUGUGAGGGCGGCUCUGCCGCUCUCACCUGUGUGCCCAUGGGGAACCUGGUCGUCGUCAACGCCACACUAAAAAUCAACGGUGAGAUUAGAAGUGUGAAAAGAUUGCAGCUGCUGCCAGAAUCUUUUAUUUGCAAAGAGGAAGUAGGGGAAGAUGUAUCCAAGGUAUAUAAAGAUCUUCAGAAACUUUCUCGCCUCUUCAAAGACCAGUUGGUGUACCCUCUUCUGGCUUUUACCCGACAAGCACUGAACCUACCAGAUGUAUUUGGGUUGGUAGUCCUUCCGUUGGAGCUGAAACUACGCAUCUUCCGACUCUUGGACGUUCGUUCCGUCCUGUCUUUGUCUGCGGUUUGUCGUGACCUCUUCAUUGCGUCAAGCGACCAGCUUCUGUGGAGGUGUUUGUAUCUGAGGGAUUUUCGAGAUGGUACUGCCAGAGUUCGAGACACAGAUUGGAAAGAAUUGUACAGGAAGAAGCACAAACAAAAAAAAGAAGCUCAGAGACGGCGUGCGCUGUUCCUGCUGCCACCGCCCCACCCCGAUCCUUUCUAUCCCAGCCCCUUGCCCCCCAGGCCCUUCCCUCCCAGCCCCUUGCCCCCCAGGCCCUUCCCUCCUAGUUCUCUCCUUCCGCCAGGAAUUAUCGGUGGUGAAUAUGAUGAAAGGCUCAUACUUCCCUAUGUGGGAGAUCCGAUCAAUUCACUCAUUCCUGGGCCUGGGGAGGUGCCCAGUCAGUUCCCUCCACUCAGACCCCGUUUCGAUCCCAUCGGCCCACUUCCAGGACCUAACCCCAUCUUGCCAGGGCGAGGUGGCCCCAACGACAGGUUUCCCUUAAGGCCCAGCAGGGGUCGGCCAACUGACAGCCGGCCACCAUUCAUGUGAUUAAUUGGUAAUCCCACUUCUGGAGCUGUUUGGUUUUGUUUUCUUAAAACUACAGAUGUCAUCUUAUUGGGGUGCAGACUUCUAGUGUUUUCUGUGGUAGUGAGAAAUGGGGUCACAGAAGCCUUUCAGUAGAUACAAGGAGGGACCCCAAAAAACCCAGAAUUACCUUCUGGAGGGUGGGCCCCUUGUAGCGAAUUGUUCCCCGACAAGGUGAGUGUUCCGGGAACCUGUCUGUACCAGUCAGUGCACUGAGAGGCUGCACUGGGCUUCAGUAAAUUGUUUUGAGGACUCAUCAUGUUUGCCCCUUUCCUGAUGGGUGAUUUAGGAGCGCGCCUGCCCGCACCCUGCUGAGUGUCCAGCAGUUUUUGACCAAAAACAGCGUAACCCCUGUGUGCCACCCUCCCUAGUCACCAGAUUUCGCCCCUAGUGACUUUGUUUUUUGUUUCCCCAAGUGAAAAAGUCCUCAAAGGGAAAUGUUUUGCUGAUGUUGAAGUGAAACAAAAAACAGCAGAAGCACUAAAAGGCGUCAAGAUUGACAAGUUUAAAAACUGUUUUGAGCAGUGGGAAAAACAUCUUGAUGUAUUGAUUGCAUUAAAUGGAGAGUACUUUGAAGGCGACCGAAGUUUAAACACGUAAGAGUAAAUUGAUAAUUUUUAGUAAAUGCAUACUGGGUUUUUUGGUCGUUCCCCCCCGCCCCCUUGCAUAUUAAAGCUGCAGCGCACUGUGGCCCAAAGGUUACUAGGGAACAGUUGGCUGCUGACUUCCCUCCCUAAUUCCCCUCUGGAAUGAAGGCUGUUUACCGAUAAUGUUCUGUACCAGAUUUUCAAAAAAUUUAACUGUAUAUUAUGUGGCAGUCUUGACUUUUAUUAUGGAAAGAUAAUGCAGCAAAUGUUCAGAAGAGCUGCACAACAUCACUUGGACAUUUCAGGAUGAUCAGAGAACCUUUUCAGUAUCAUCAGAUUGUUGCAGGAGAUUUAAAAACUUUUCGUGGCACCCUUUCUUCAAAGGAAAUCAUUUGCAGAGGCCUGAUUGCUAAAAUGAGUGAGAAUUGAGCUGGACUUUGGACACCCACCCGCUUAUUCAGCCUCCUCCCUGGCCCUGCAGCUCUUUCCCAGGUUCUGGGCAGCACUGUUGGAUGGCCAGUGGCAGGAGGGACUCUUGUCCUGUGUCUCGCUGCUUCUGCAGGUAUGAUCGUUGUCCCUUGUGUUCUGAACACUCGGUGCCUAACUUGUAACCUUGAGUAGAGGACCUCUUUUAACAACAGUGUCUAACUGAUUUGAAUGCUGGUCAGGUUCUUAUUCUUCAAAGAUAGCCUCAUAUUUGAAGAACGUUUAUUUUUUAAGAUUUAAAAUACACAAAGUGCAAAGUUUAUUUUUCCUACAACAAGAAAAAGGCCAAACAGAACUGUCUCACCACACAGACAACUACAGAAACAUGCUACAGUGACACAGUCUGAACCACAGCACAGGAGCAGAACACCACUGGUAUCUGCAGAAAAUAUUUCAGAAUAUUGCCAGUGUCUUCCUGCUUUUUAAAAAAAUUGUUUUGCAUAUAAGGAAAUGGUUUGGAAUGUUAUAUGCUACAAGAAUAUUUUGCGUCCUA